GACAGUGGCGCCGCAUGUGUCAAAAACGGGUUCAUGUUAACUUUUUUGGUAAUGGCGACCAAACAUCAAUACUGUGAGGGAAAAAAAUUGUGUCUUCUUUUGUUUACGUAUCAUUUUCUGUCGAAUAAUUAAAUUAGCCAUCGCAAAGUGAUGAAAACAUUGUGGUAAAAUCGAUGCAUAUGUUUGUUAGCGUUUGCGUUAUACAUUUUCCACAGAAAAUUUACUGAAUAAAGCGUCAAAAGCCUAAUUAAAUAUUGAAUCUAUAUAGUUUUUUUCUCGCCACCAAAGUUGUUUGUAGUGUUCGAUGCCAAAAAGUUGAUGUGAAUUGAAAAUUGGUUUACAAAUUUCGAAAGAAGUUGAAUUGAUUUGUGAGUAAUUGAUUCGGUUGGUGUAUUGACGGCAGAUAGAAAUUAUCGAUAGAAUUGUCCAUAAAAUUGGUAUUUCGAACGAUUGUGAACGAUGGAAGUGGAUGUGAAAACAUUGGAACUUGAUAAAGUAUGUCGCGUAUGUUUGACAGUUAAAAAAGAUAUGCGACCAUUAUUUGGUGAAAUGGUCGCCGAAAUGCUCAUGGAUUUCUCGCGAAUACAGCUUGAUAACACCGACGGAUGGCCGGAUAAGAUUUGUAUACAGUGUGUACAUCAAGUGAGUCGAUGUCAUGCAUUUAAAAAACGCGUGGAAAACUCGGACAAAGAACUGCGUCAGUAUAUCAAAGGCAUUACUGUGAUUGUCGAAGAGCCACUUACACAAAUGGAAAUUCAUUCGGCGCAAACGCAUCAGGUGAUCAAAGACACCCGGCAAGAAAUCCAUAUAACACGACACGAUCUACAAAAUGAACUCCAUAAUCAUGUGCAACAUGCGAGCGUGACGAUACAACAACCGCAAACGCAUACACAACAGCCGACCACACAGCAAAUUGUCACAACAACGACGCAUCAACCGCAGCAAAUGAUCAUAACCAAUGGUCAAUUGCAUAAUGCGCAAAUUAUCAAUGCGGCUGGACAAAUUGUUGCCACAGCACCACUGCAAUCAGCAUUGGCCACCGCACAAAUUCAAGGACAAAUCUGUCAACUAGUUCAAACGAGUAACGGAACCGUGCAAAUGAUCCAACAGAACGGCCAACCGGCUCAAGUAGUUCAAAUUCAGCGAACGAGUGAUGAUCGAUGCGAAAUCAUUGUCCAACCCACCGAAAUCCAAACGGAUACAACAACACACUACUACACAGAGGAUGAUGAAAUAUUCUCGGUAACGACACAAAUGCAACAGGAAGAAAUCGAGCAUGUGGAAGAAGUCGAACAACAAUCACAAGCAGACCAAAUUCAAAAUGCAACCGUUUGUUUGGACGAGUCAACCAUUAUCGAGCAAGAUGAAGAGGAAAUCGAAGAAGAGAUCCAGGAAGAGGAAGAAGAAGAAGAAGAAGAGGAAGAGGGAGUGUUCACACUAGAACUAUCGGAGGGAUCCGAUUGUGAGGACAAAGAGUAUUUAGCUGAAUUUGUUAGUGCCCAGACAUCGUGUCCGUAUCCCGGAUUAUUUGUGUGCAAUUUGUGUCGAAAGGAGUUCAAGCAUAGCAAAUGGCUACAAACCCAUAUGAAAUCCCAUUCAAACUGGAUCAAGGCCAAUUGUAAAAAGCAACCGCAAUGUGAGAUCUGCUUCAGGAGCUUUAAAGGACCUGGAAUGCUGAAAAUGCACAUGAAAACACAUGAGAAAACGCCGGGCAAAAUUCCAAUCUGCAAAGUGUGUAACAAAGAAUUUAAAUCGCGGACGAUUCUCUAUAGGCAUCGUCAAACCCACAUGGAGAAACUCAUACAGUGUGGAUCGUGUCACAAGAUGUUCAGUACAGUGAGUCAAAUACAAUCGCAUCAAGCGAAAUUGAAGCAUGAAAAAAUCUUUAAAUGCUCUCCAUGUCUGAUCACCUUCACAUCCAUCAAUGACUUGAAGACUCACCUCCAAUCACAUGUCAACUCCAAAGAGAAAAGGAAUGGGACAUAAUUUAUGGUUUGUGAUUCGCUGGUCGACUCCACUGGAUUCAACGUGCAAGCGGAUUAAUGAAUAAAAUCAAAGCCUAGUUUCUUUUCUGUUUCAUUUUCCAAUUUAAAAAAAUAGAGUUUGAUCAGUUUUCAAUAAAAUGAAUUUCGUUACAAUUCUUCAAUACAAAUCAUAUUCAAUGGGAAUGUGUUGAAUUUGGCCAUCGACCGCCAACAACAGUAACAAAAAUCCAAAUUGUAUUCAUUGAACGAAAAAAGAAGAUGAAAAAAAGAAGUGAAAUGUUAUCAAAUCUCAUGUGUUAUAAUUAAAUUAUUAGAUAUUUUGCCUGAAAA